CGGGCCUUUCAGAAUCUGGGGAAUUUCCAUAUUUUUUUUUAAAGCAAUUUGAGGAAAGUCAAGGCCGGACCAGUAGCAAAACAGCCUUUUACCAGGCGCUGCAGAACUCUCUGGGCGGCGAGGCAGCGGACAGCCGCGUGCAGGCUGCGGUGACGUGGUACUACUCCCUGGAGCACCACGCGGAUGACUACGCCUCCUUCUCCCGCGCGCUGGAAGCGGCCGCGAGGGACUACUUUAUCAUCUGCCCCGUGAUCGACAUGGCCAGACACUGGGCAAGGAGAGCCCAAGGAAACGUCUUCAUGUAUCACGCUCCUGAAAGCUACGGCCACAGCAGAUUCUCUGAGAUGGAGAUCCUAGAGAUGGAGCAGCUGGCAGAAUCUGAACUUUUGCAUGUUAGAUUUGCCCAAAGAGAAGUACACCGGCAGAACAACAAGGAUAGAAAUCUCUGGAAGAGCAGACUCUCAAAUCAAUCCCGUGAGAUAGGGCGGAGCAAUGGGGCCCAGCCAAAAGCCUCUUCAACCCCUGGAAGCUUGGAAUUGCUGGCAGAUGUUCGAUAUGCCUUUGGGCUUCCCUUCUACGCUGCCUACGAGGGGCAGUUUACUCUGGAGGAGAAAAGCCUUUCCCUGAAAAUCAUGCAGUAUUUUUCCAACUUCAUCCGAUCUGGAAACCCCAACUACCCGCAUGAGUUCUCCAGGAAAGCGCCAGGAUUUGCCUCCCCCUGGCCUGACUUUGUCCCCCGUGACGGCGCAGAGAGCUACAAGGAGUUCAGUGUCCUGCUCCCCAGUCGACAGGGCCUGAAAAAGGCCGACUGUUCCUUCUGGUCCAAGUACAUCCAGUCUCUAAAGGCCUCAGCAGAUGAAGCUGAGGAUGGGCCGUCAGCAGGGAGUGAAGAGGAGGACCAGCCGUUUGGCUCUGGGCUGACAGAAGACCUCCUAGGUCUCCCAGAGUUUGGCUCCAAGACCUACAGCAAGUGACCAGGCCCCGAGAUCCACCCCCGCACCCUGCCAGCCUCACCCCAGCUGCCACCCUGGACACCUUCUUCUCCAACUUAGCCACUAACUUUCAAUAAAGUGUCUACAUGCAGAGAAGCACUGGUGACUCAGAUUUGUUCAUUCAAGA